AUGGAGGAAGAUAUUCCUAGCUAUUCACAUCCUACAGAAGCUAUCUACGAAGAAUGUGUGGAGACGACGGAAAAUGCUGGCUCGGCCAUUCGACUAGAUCCGAGGGACAUCCGGUCAAUCAUAGAUGCGAUAAGGACAGAAACACUUCAACCAGCGACCCCACCCGCUAAACCUGUCUUCAAGAGAGAAGGGUAUGCUAAACAGUUCGAAUUUAACUCGUCUAUUCUACGUAAGCUGAUUCCGCUACAAUCGUCGACGAGUCAUGAAAUAGCUACAACUAUAACUCAAGUGAUCCAGGAUUUGAACACUAGAAAUGAAACGCUGGUAAUCGCAGACGAGCACCCUGAAGUCUUCCAAUUUUUGGAUCAUAAGUCAAAGGCCGACUCCCUGAAGGCCACGGACCCUCGCCUGAGCGAGUUCAUGGAAUCCAUCAGAAAGAAAGAAGAGGAUGUAAAAAAGAGGAGUCCAGCCCUUUCGGAAGCGGGAGGCAGCCUGGCACCCUGCCUCCCAGUACGCUCGCAUCGUGCGCCAGAGUCCUUCGUUCACUUCCUCUUCUGUCGUCGUUCCCUUUCUCGUCAUGGAGUGGGAACUGAAGGGUCUCGGAAGUACAAGAGGGACCAGUCUCCGCCGCGCAAGUAUGCGAUGCGUCCGUAUGCCAGAGAGAGGGACCGGACCAAGAGCGAGUGCAAAUCUUGCGGCAGAGAGGGGCACUGGUGGAGGGAGUGCCCCCAAAGGAAAUGGUGA